CACAACAAAGUAUGCUCAAUCCUAUGAAAAGCAGCAAUUGCCAGGCGUUUGAUGAUUUCCUUCCAUUCAUAAUGUUGAUCGACAAGAGCAAGGAUACCAGCGAGUUCUGGCGAGAGACGGAGAUCCUGUCUCUGGUCCGCAACAACUUGGACAGCAUUGACUAUGAGCAGUGCAAAGCUGGAGAGAAGAAGAAUAUCGUGGUCCGGUUUCCCAGCAGAAGGACUGUCAGACCCAUUUGUCGAGGACCUAGUGAUCGCUACCUUUGCCCGCAAUGCCCUCAAUUCAGCAAUUAUACGGAAUGUGAACUGUUCCGGGACUCUUGCAAGGAAAGGCGAGUGUUGCCAGCUGAACGGCAGACAUACUGCGACCGGAAGUAUGGCAAAUGGCGAGCCAUGUUCAUACCAGCUGAUUACACCCAGUGCAGAUGUUGUGACGAGUGUGUCUUCUAUAGAGAAUUGGACCAAUCCUGCAUAUCAGAUGAAUACAGCUUCGACGCUGAAGAAUUCUUGCCGGUCACUUCAAUUGAUUUCAGAGCCGGCUGCAACCCUUAUUGGGGCCAUACUGAACAGGAGUUCCGAGCGCUGAGAUGCGAUCACAUUCUAAGACGAUGCGUCCCUGUGUCCGUUCCAAAUGUACCUAAAGAAUCACUACACAUGCGUCGCAACUUCCGGUACGAGCCCCCCUCUGGUGGUAGCGACUGUCCAGUCUCUUGCCGGGGAUAUGAUUGCAAAGAAGAUAAGCUGAAGGAGACUCAAUGCCGCCCUGGUGCGUUCCUCCCAGACAGGGACACCUGCAACUGCUGCGGGAGGUGCAGCUCAUACCAACAAUUAAACGAGAAAUGUGCAGAAUUCAAAAAAACAGUCCAUAAUGUAAAUGGUACCAAGGAAAUCGAGGUGGAAGAAGAAUUCCUGGAGCCAGGCUGUGACGACGGGCUCGUGUGCCGACAGGGUCGCUGCCAGGACAUCCACACCGUGAAGACCACGGUUGGCAGCCGCCGGAAGAGAGACGAGAGCGACCUUGAAGCUAAUGAGCCGUGCAAACGCGAGCUGAAGUUCUUCAAGAAGAAGUACGGCCCUGACGGCCAUCUACACUACGAUGCGCCGCAGUGCACGCCGCUUUGGCUCUACGCCCCUGUACAAUGCCGUCGCUUCGUGUGCUACUGCUCGUUGGAAGACGGCAGCAUCAUACAGGGGAUCAAAGUACCGAGAGUUGAAGUCACCAACAUGAACUGUGAUUGUGCGCGCGAGAAAUGCCGUACGGGCUCUGACGUGGAGUGCGAUGGUUAUGGCAACUACAAGGAGGCGGUGUUCACGCCGCACUCCGACGUCUGGAGCGAGAAGGCAUACGAUGACGUCGGUGCUGAAUCCCAAACACCCGUGCGCACGUCAUCACAAGAACCAAUCCAAGAGCCAGCCACAAUGAUGUCAUCAUAACCCUGAUGUCAUGAUGCAUCUAAGAAAUUACCAAGUAUCCAUAGUUUUAUAGGUUCCAAGUUAAAUUUUGUAUUCUUUGUUAAGUUUUUAUUGGUAUUUUGGAUUUA